UCAUCUAGUGCGGACGUUCUGCCGAAAUUUGCGCCAAAUUUUGAUAGUUAUUUGUUGUAACAUUGAUAAACUUUUAGCCAGACAAGACUUCCAAAAAUGAGAUUAAUAAAAAUAUAUCUGCGAUAUUAUCCACCAGGCAUUGCCCUCAAUUACAAGAAAAGAGAUGUUGAAGAAACAAAAAUAAUAGAUUUGUUCGAUCUUACUCCUAGUUGUGACCUCCAAACACUAACCAAGAAAAUCGCAACAUCCGAACCAUUAAUAACACAAGAAAUUUUUCCUCAGAUGAUAGAGAUUCUUGAAAAACUUCAAAAAAAACUCAAGGAACCCGUGAAAACAAAGUUCUACCUCUUUAAAACCCUACAAACGCACAUCCUUCCAUUGACGAAUGUGUCCUUCGACAAAUCUGGAAAGAAAUGCAUCACAGGGUCUUAUGACCGAACCUGCCGCAUCUGGAACGUUGAGAGCGGCGAUGAGGACAAUAUAUUGAAAGGACACGAAAACGUCGUGUUUUCUGUCGCAUACAACUAUCCCAAAUGUGACCGAAUUCUUACCGGAUCGUUCGAUAAGACAGCCAAAAUCUGGAAUCCAACCUCGGGCAACUGUUUGAAUACACUCUGGGGUCACACGGCUGAAAUAGUUGCAGCUGAGUUCAAUCCUAAUCAAGGCGAACAGGUGGUAACGUGUAGCAUGGAUAACACGGCUCGAGUAUUUCAUUCGGAAACUGGUCAGGAAGUGCAUCUGUUCGGAGGUCACAAUGCCGAAGUGGUAUCCGCUCGAUUCAGUAAGGAUGGAAACCUUAUAUUGACCGCAUCAUUUGACGAAACUGCCAUUGUCUGGGAUAUGCGCACAAAGGAACAUGCUAUCGUCAUUAGAGGACACGAAGCUGAGCUAAGUAAUGCCGUUUGGAAUUUCCAGUGUUCGCACAUAGCCACAAGCUCACUGGAUAAAACAGCCAAACUAUGGGACGUAAGAAAACUUGACAGUUGCCAAGCGGUGGCCAACCAUAAAGACGAGGUUCUAGACGUGACAUUCAACUGUACCGGGACACGACUAGCCACCGGAAGUGCCGACUGUACGGCGAAGGUUUGGGACGUCACUGGCAAUUUCGAACUGGUCACGAUAAUGGCUGGCCACAGUGACGAAGUAUCAAAAGUUACUUUCAGUCCACCGAGUGGAUUGCUUCUCACGGCUUCGGCUGAUAAAACCGCUCGAAUUUGGAACUCGGGAACAGGCAUUUGCACGCAAACGUUGGGAGGACACGAUGGCGAAGUGUUUUCGUGUUCCUUCAACUACUGUGGAGACGCGAUCAUUACUGCAUCGAAGGACAACACCUGUAAAAUAUGGAGAUGAUACGACUGGUUCUCGGGGCAAGCAUUUAAACCGACAGUGAAAACAAAAAACUGCAAUGUGGUAUACAGCAGCAGACAGGCUGAACAUUGGACCAAAUAUAUGCUUAGAUAUUGAUAGCCUAAUCUUUAAAAUGUCGGAAUGUUGGAAAAAUAUGCAUACAAAUAAGUGAAUAUUCCGAUUUGUAGUAUACACCAGCUUGAGUACUGAUAGUUUUUCUAGCUCUAUUGUGCACAAUUUUUGAUUUUCCUGAAGCGUGUUUUACAAAGGUAGACGUGGUCCAAUUCAUUCAGCCCCUUCACACAAAGCCGUAAUUGGCUGGAACCGCCAGUAAAUAAUUGAAAACAAAAGAAAGCUUUGCUAUGUUAAAAUAUACUAUUGCGACAAAAGUGUAUAAAACUCAUCGAUUCCCCCGUGAAACGCUAGAUUACAACGCAAAAAAAAACAACAAUCAAUACACAAAAAUUACACUUAGGUUUACUGUUUGUUUCAAACAACGCAAACUUCCGUCAACACAACUCAAAAAUAUGCCUUGAAUGUUUGCCUUUCAACAAAUCUUUUCAACUACGGAAUUAUUAAUGUAUAUUUUGAUUCCUGUUAGAUUAAAAGAAUGGCGUUAAAAUGAUACAUGCUUUCAAAUCUAAUUUUUGUUACAAGUACCAUUAGUAAAAGUAACAUAUACUUAUUCCUUGUGAUGAUAAUGUAAAGUAGCAAUAACGAAGACCUAAAUAGGCGCAAAUUUUUAUCCAUUUUAGAAAUAAAGCAGUUUUACAAAGAUUGUGUGUUAUUUAGAAUGAAGUACCGGUCAAAUUUAUUCACUCAAACAAACCUUAAAAGUAUAUCAUUCAGUUGCUUCAUUAGAAUAAGUUUGAUGCAAGCGCGUUGUGUUUCAUAAAUAAAUUCAUGAAAUGAUAAAUUUCUAGAAAUAAAAAGUUUUUUUAUACUGUAAAGUGUUCGAUUAGAUUUAUUGCAUGA